GCACGUCUCAGCUUCUUUCUGGAAAGAAAAAUAUAACAAACAAGAAUGAAAUAAUUUUGGCACUAUUAUUGCAUGUCUGUUUGUGGUUCACGUUUUCUUGUGGAUUUUCUUUUACUUGUUAGGACUAGUGACUGUUAAGUGUGGAAGAUCUGUUAGGUGAGAUGAUCAACUGAGCAGAGUAUCAACUAUACUUCAUCCCAAUUUCUCCAGCGGGUGGUUUGAUCUGCCUCAGCCAGCGCUCACAGUAACUAGAGGAGCAAGACAGCCAAACCCUUUUUAGCUUUCAGCAAUGAUUGAACCGGUAGUACUGGCUUUGACUGUGGGUUUUCUCGGGUGGGCUUAUCAGGCACUGAAGCCUCCCCCUCCAAAAGUAUGCGGCUCACCUGAUGGUCCUCCUGCCACUUCACCUAGAGUUAAACUCAGUGAUGGAAGAUAUUUGGCCUACAGGGAGUUUGGAGUGCGUAAAGAAGAGGCAAAAUACAAGAUCAUCAUCAUUCAUGGCUUUGACAGUUCCAAAGAUUUGUCUUUACCUAUUGCUCAAGAACUCGUUGACGAGUUAAAGAUAUACUUUCUCUUCUUUGACAGAGCUGGUUAUGGUGAUAGUGAUCCGUAUCCAUCACGUUCAGUGAAGAGUGAAGCAUAUGAUAUUCAAGAACUAGCCGACAUGUUGCAGAUUGGAUCCAAAUUCUAUGUAAUUGGAAUCUCAAUGGGGGCUUACCCUGUUUGGAGUUGCUUGAAAUACAUACGGCACAGAUUAUUAGGAGCUUCCCUGGUUGUUCCUUUUGUGAACUACUGGUGGCCUCGUAUUCCUGUUGAUCUAUUAAGAGAAUCCCUUCAAAGGCUGCCGAUUUCAGACCAAAGGACUUUCAAAGUUGCACAUUACAUCCCGUGGCUACUUCAUUGGUGGAUGACCCAAAAAUGGUUCACUGCAUUAAGUAUCAUGGCUGGAAAUAUGGGGAUUUUCAGCCCAAAAGAUUUAGAAACAAUAAAGAAGCUUUCAGAAUCCCCUAGUGUUGAUCAGGAAAAGGUACGACAGCAAGGAGAGCAUGAAUCUCUCUACCGAGACUUACUGGCUAGCUAUGCAAACUGGGAAUUCGACCCCAUAGACUUAACAAAUCCAUUUCCUAACAAUGAGGGUUCAGUUCACAUUUGGCAAGGCUAUGAAGACAGGAUCAUUCCAUAUAAAGUAAACCGUUAUAUUGCAGAGAAGCUUCCCUGGAUUCACUAUCACGAAGUUCUUGAUUAUGGCCAUCUUCUUAUUUUUGAGAGAGAUCUAUGUGAGGCUGUGUUGAAGGCACUCUUGCUUGGAUAAGUUCUAAUGCUGAUGUUAUGUCUAAUCAUGCAGCCGUAUUUUGUAGUAAAGCUCUGGUGGUCCUUAGCUAACAAGCUUUUCUCAGAGCUGAAAUGUCCAAAAUAAAAUAAAAAAUUUACCAUCUAGCUUACAUCCUGGACGAGUGAGUUUUUGCAAUUCAUCCUCUUGAAACUGAGUUGAUGGGAAUUAUUUAUUGUAGCUGUCUACACAUGAAAAUGAAGGGAUCAAGUUUUUGUAGAGUGGUUUUCAUGGUUGUUAUUCGUGUCAUGGUUGGCAGGGCCGGCCUUGUGUCAAAAAUACCUCAAGGUGAAAAAAAAAAUUGGAGGCCUC